UAUGAAUACCUCUUCCACCGGCUAUUUCUAUGUUCUGACCCGCCCUGAUGUUUUCUCUCUGACCAGUGCACACGUAUAACUCAUUUUGUUCCACAGCAAACAUGAGCUAUGUCACAUCUGUGUGUUUUAUUCCUCAUAUCUGCUCGAUCCAGAGUCAGAUUGUGAAUGGAUGAGGUACAGCAAUAUGCUCAUUAAGUGUAUUCCGAGGGGACUGUUUACCGAGGAGGUCUUUUCAUGUGGUUUUAUGUGCUUCCAAUGGCCAUGGGUGGGUCUCGCUUGAGUCUUUUUUGGAUGGUGAUGUUGUACUGAGGGAUUUCGAGCACAGAGCAUAAGGGAGCUCUGUUCUGCGCAGAGGAAAUGGGCGUUCUCCUUGGAAAGUUUGGAUGGAGAGCUAAAAAAAUAAGGGGGGUGUGGCAGUGCUAGAAAGCUGAGGACCACCAAGAUUGGCUCAGUGUUGUAGAGUAGUACUACGACGGCGACGAUUGGGUUCAGAGAAACGAGCAACACCCCAGGAAGUUGAAAAUGGCGUACCUGCUUAUGUUUGUGACUCUGUUGCAUCUCAUUACCCUGGCCAUGUUGUUCAUAGCAACCAUGGAGAAGUCCUGGUGGGUGUGGGAUGGGACGGUGAGCUCAGACUUAUGGUACAACUGUAGGUUUGACAACUUCACAGGAACAUGGCUGUGUGCAUCUUCUAAGGAAACUGAGUGGCUUCAAGCCGUGCAGGUCCUCAUGGUCCUCUCGGUGGUCUUCUCCUCGGUCUCCUUCCUGGUCUUCCUGGGUCAGCUCUUCACCAUGUCUAAGGGUGGACUCUUCUACUUUACUGGGCUCUGUCAAAUCUUUGCAGGUCUGACAGCCUUUUCUGCUGCUGUCAUCUACACAUUACACUAUAAGGAAAUCCUUCAAGACUCCAGAGAACUGACCUCGGGACGGUUCGGUUACUGUUUCAUCCUGGCCUGGGUGUGUGUCCCACUAUUACUGUGUAGUGGAAUCAUAUACAUCCACCUGCGAAAGAAAGAGUAACAACCAUUGACAUCUUUUUGAUCCAACAUCAUAUCUGAGUUUUCUGAGGUUAAGAUCAUUGCUCAACAUUACAUGAUUUGUUUCUGUACUACAAAUAAAUGCAUAUUUGGAAAAUCAGGGCAUCAAUCUGAAUCCUUAAUAAGAUCAAAUACUUGCACAAAACGCUCCGCCAAUAUUUUUUUUUUAUCGUUAUUUUUGCUGUAACAGGUUAAAAGUUAAAUGCCAAAGCUGGUGAAUUGCUUUUCUCUGUUCAAAUUGUUUUAAAAAUGGUAUUUUUGUACUUUUGCUUAAGCUAUUUAUAGAAUAUAUUUAGUAGGCUAUUUGCUCCAAAUAAAUGCAACAAAUAGCACCAGAAAAUGUGUGAGACUUAUGUUAAGUACUGUUAGUCUGCUGUUAUCAUAAUAAAGUUCACAUUUUAUACCAAAUGGCAUC